CAUUUUCACUUGAAGCUUUGCGCUAAAUUUUGAACGCAACGAACGCUUUCUAAUCAGCUACAGAAGAAAACAAUAAGAAUGGCGCAGUUUAAGCAUCUGGCAGAAUUGAACAGCUUUUUAUCGAUGGAUGGCGAAAAUGUAAAAGGGCCCGUGCCGCGGUGGCAGCGCAAGCUGAACCUCUCUGCCGCCUCAGCUAGCUUCAACAGUAGCGCGUUGGCGAAUACGUCCGCCAGACAAACGCUGUCGGUGUCCAUGACCGGCAAUGCAAACAAUACGCUCCAGCUAUCGACGACGGGAAAUUCUCUAAAGACGCCUCGAAAGAAUGGAGUCAAAACCGUGGUGGCGUCAUCGACAAAGAAAACUUCACAAACACCUAGCAAAGGUGUUAGCAACGGACAAAGCCAAACGGGCGGCGGCGAUCGCUUCAUACCGAGUCGAACGACCACAGAUUUCGAUCUCGGACAUUACAUCGUGAAACAAGGCGCAUCCGGUCACGAGGAGGAUACGGAAAAUGAGGAGGGUUCAGCGGUGGCCACAAACGUCCCUACCAGCCCGAAACAAAGCGAACGAAUGAAAAGUUUAUCGGAAGCGAUGAGUGGUUGCGAUAUAAGCAAACACAGGUUACUUUCCUUCCGAACGAAAGUUCCGCCCCCGCCAGAAGGUCAUGUUAACCCGCUGAAGGCAAUCUACUCUGUGAAAACGCCCAUGUCCGUCAAGAGCGGAAGCCGUUACAUUCCAAACGCGCCGGAGCGCAUAUUAGAUGCCCCUGAAAUUAUGAACGAUUACUACCUCAACCUGAUGGACUGGAGCAUGGACAACGUGAUUGCCGUGGCGCUGGGUUCCUCCGUAUACCUGUGGAAUGCGGCCACCGGGACGAUCGAGAUGUUGUUUGAAAAUGAAGGAAAUGAUCACGCUUGCUCGUUAAGCUGGAUCCACGAGGGCCACAUUCUGGCGGUAGGCACCAGCGCCGGCACAGUGGAACUGUGGGAUUGUGAAAACAUCAAACGACUACGGGUGAUGAAUGGACACUCGGCACGCGUUGGUGUGCUGGCAUGGAACUCGUACGUGCUUUGUUCGGGCAGCCGGGACGGUAUGAUCAUCAACCACGAUGUACGAACGCGCCAGCAUAAUAUAGGCAUGCUCCAGGGUCACACGCAGGAAGUUUGCGGGCUAAAAUGGUCCCCGGAUGGGAAGUAUUUGGCCAGCGGUGGAAACGACAACCUCGUACACGUGUGGUCAGCAGCGAACGGAGCCCCACAUGCGGCCGGAGACCCACUGCACGUGUUCAACGCACAUCAAGCCGCUAUCCGCGCGCUUGCCUGGUGUCCAUGGCAACCGAAUGUAUUGGCCAGCGGUGGUGGUACGGCCGAUCGCACCAUCAAGUUCUGGAAUGUCGCCAACGGUCAGUUGAUGAACUCGGUCGACACCAAGUCCCAGGUUUGUGGGUUGCUGUUUUCGAAGACAUACAAAGAGCUCAUUUCCGCACACGGUUACGUGAACAAUCAGCUGUCGAUUUGGAAGUAUCCGUCGAUGACGAAGCAAGUGGAUCUGAUGGGACACACGGGUCGUGUGCUGCAGAUCGCUAUGUCACCGGACGGCAGCACGGUGAUGAGUGCCGGGGCCGAUGAAACGCUUCGGCUGUGGAAUUGCUUCACGCCAGAUCCGCUGCUGGCGAAGAAGGAGAAGUCAGCUGUUCGGGAGAAACCCAGCCUACUGAAGCAGAGCAUGCGAUAGGAGAAGAGAGAGAAGGGUAUGUGUGUUGCACGUAUCCGAAAAGCUGCCCUAUUCCUGGUGAAUGGAACCAAAUGCCAAUGGUUUCUAGCAAGUGCCGUAGUUUGGAAUGCAAAAUGACUGAAAAUUUUCGUGUUUUAGUGUACCGGUAGAUAAUGCUCUAUAUGCUUUUAAUAUGUUUUUUUGACUUUGAUUGUACUCAAUUGUAGAAUAUGUAUUAAUCCGUUAAUAAACUUGUGAUUAUUUCAAUA